AUGGCGGGGGUGUUGCAGCUGUGGGAGACGCUGAAGGAGGCGAUCGUAGCCUACACGGGCCUCUCCCCGGUGGCCUUCUUCACCGUGCUGGCCGUGGCCGUCUCUUUCUACCAAGUGGUUUCGGGGUUCUUCAAGGCCCCGGGGGUGCACACUGUGAGGGUGCGGGAGGCGCCAGAUGUGGAGCCUCUGCCCCCUCCGGUGCAGCUCGGUGAGAUCACGGAGGAAGAGCUGAAAGCCUACGACGGCUCCGACCCGAAGAAGCCUCUCCUCAUGGCGAUUAAGGCUCAGAUCUACGACGUCUCCCAGAGCAGGUAUGCCGCGCCGAAUGUCUGUUGUAUCGUCGACUGUCGAUCGACUGCGCCCGAUCUUCCUUUCGUCGCCUUGAUCUCUCUGAAACCUUCGUAGAUUGGCCAGAAUUAAUCGCGGAAACCUCGGAUAACGUUACCGUACGCUCCAAAUCGGAUGGACUCAUUUAGGGUUCUUAGUGGUUUUGGAAUCGCUUUUCAAUCCCCUCCUCACUUGGUGGUUUUUAUGCUUUUUGUAUUCAGAAUUAGGUUUAAAUAAUAUGUUUCUGGCAUUAACAAUACCUCUCCAACACCUUUGUGGGGAAUUUCUUCGCCACUGACAAUCUUUUCACCAGCACCUCGCUGAUUGUCUCGAUGAACCACCUUGGUGUUCUUAAAGUCGCCAUCAAUUCAUUCAAUUCGUCCUCCUUCUAUGGAGCUUUUAUCAUCCCCAUCCAGAUACUUGAUUAUAAGCUACUGUAAUUGCACACCAACAUCCUCGAUCAGCUUCCUCGCUCCCCCGCUCCUUUUGGACUAUCAUAGACAGCGCUUUCGCCCGAUUUCCAUGAACGAAUGCAUCUAUGAUGAUAGAUUUGGAGCAGUGGUCGUAUUCAGGACCUUGCCAACUGGGCUAUCACUGAGUCCUCUCUUCGCUUAAACGUUUUGCCCCGUGCUUGCAGAAAAAUUCAAUUAUUUGGAGGAACACGCCCACCCAUCCCAGCCUUUUGAGACCUAUCUCUUCUCAAACCAGACACAAGACCUAAUCUCUUCUCUUCAUUCAGAAGAGGGGGGCUGUUCUGGGUUUGAUCAUCCUCUCUCAAGAGUAGUUGACUUUCGUUCCUACCUUCUCUGGCGUCAACAGGAUGUUCUAUGGGCCCGGCGGGCCGUACGCCCUCUUCGCCGGGAGAGACGCGAGCCGAGCCCUGGCCAAGAUGUCCUUCGAGGAGAAGGACCUGACCGGGGACAUCUCCGGCCUUGGGCCGUUCGAGCUCGAGGCCCUGCAGGACUGGGAGUACAAGUUCAUGAGCAAGUACGUGAAGGUGGGAACCGUCAGGAAGACGCUCCCCGUGGAAGGCGCACCGGCGAGCAGCUCCGGCGAGGAAGCAGAGGCCGCCGCCGGCACGGCGGAAGCCAGCAGCUAG